AUGGCCACUCAUGAAGGACAGACUUAUCUGAUUGAGCUGAAUGCCGGCGAAAAGUUGGACAGCAAAGUUACGUUUUUCAAAAAAGGUAAGAGCUCUUUUUUUGGUUUUCUUGAUUUAGGUGGCAUGGUGAGGGUAAAUGUGAUUGGAAUAAAUGAAAUGUAUUUUGAAAUACUCUUUGAGGGUCUGGCUACGAGUUUUGUUCGAAAUCAAGGCCGUUCCUUUUUUCCAGACAUGUUUUGAGACUUUUUUUGAUCUAGUGCCAUGUGCAAGAUAAUUUUUUGAUUUUCUUGGAGAUCUUGCUCUCAUAUGCGAAAUCUUCAACUAAUUUACUUUCUAAAUUCUCUAAUGUAACUCUGAAAACUGUUUUCAGGAUGGACUGCUCGUUUCCGCGCUGGCAAGAAGCUUCUCGGCCGAAAAUUGACCUUGAAGAUCCCAAAGCUCGAAAAAGUCUUCCAAUUUCCGGAACUCAAGUCUAUAUCCGACUUCGACUUUCAAGUAGAGCUUGUCUGCGAGACUCUGGGCUGUUUUAAAUACGAAUUCACUGUUGAUGGAGAUCCAGAUUCCAACGGACAUGGCUAUUUUACUGUCCAGCCAGAAUGGGAAGUCAAUGGGCAGAAGUUGUCGCUGAACUCUCUGGCUGUCCAGACAUAUUUGACCAAGCUGUUGGGGCCUCUAAGCGAGUGGAAAGAUCGGUUGCAAGUGGCGAAGGAGAGUGGAUAUAAUGUUAUCCAUCUGACUCCUGUUCAGGUUCUUGGAGUCUCAAACAGCAGGUUAGUUAGUCUUUUAUUAUUGGUGCUUCUGCUUUUAGGACAUCAGAAAUUCUAUGUGGAAUGAAAGGAAGGCAGUUUCAGUCAAGUUUUUGGCAUAUUUAUGUCAAAAAUUGAGAAAUUUUGACAAAAAGAGCUGGAUUUUAUAUUACACUUGACAAAAUUUUUAAUUUAUGCCCGAUUCCUUUUAUUUUUUCCUUCUUCAGCUACUCCAUUGCCGAUUUCCAAGCGCUGAAUCCAACUCUCGGCGAUGUGACGAUCGAAGAUCUCGCUGAAUUUGUCGAGUUUCUCGAAAAAGAAUGGUCAAUUUUAACGAUCCAAGAUGUCGUCUGGAAUCACGCUGCUCGCAACGCUCCAUGGCUUCAAGAGCAUCCUGAAUGUGCCUACAAUUGCGCCAACUCUCCUCAUCUCCGUCCCGCGUUCAUUAUCGACCAGGCGUUGAGAUUGUUCAGUGAGGAAAUCGCCGAAAAUAAAUGGGAAGAUCGAGGAAUUCCGGCUGAAUUUAAUUCUGGAGAGCAUCUACAGGUGAGGAAAUUUGAUUUUACUACUGAUUAGUGUGGAAUGAGGAGGGAUUUUAUAUUGUUUUAGAUAAAAAUUUACAUUUUUGACCUUAUGAUCUAUUUAAUGUUUUAAGAUAAUGUUUUUUAGGCCCUCCGCAACGCUCUUUUGACCCAAGUUCUCCCAGAAGUCCGUCUGGAAGAAUUCUUCCAGGUCGAUGUCACCAAAAUUAUCGACGAAUUUCAACAGCACGUCAAAAAUAACACAAAUUCAGCCGUCUGCGAUUGCCCAUUGGCCCUGAUUCAAGACCCGGAAUUCAAAAGAUUUGGAUCAACCAUUGAUUUUCAGUUGGCCAGCAAUAUUUUCAAUAAUGACAUGUAAGUUUAACCGAUUUUUUUUUUUGAGUUUUUUCGAAUUUUAGACCGAAUUUGAGCGAAGAACAGAGGUUGGCCAAAAAUGUGGAUGAUUUGAGAAACGCCCUGGAGGCAUUGAACGAAAACAAGAGGAAAGAAGUCCAAGGGCAUAUCGAAGCGAUUGUCAAUGCGACUUUAGGACAUGUGGCGUAUGAAAGAGUUGAUGGCCAUGGCUUGAGGGUACCUAGAGUAACAAAAGAAAGGCCGUUGACCACAAAGUAUGGAAGUUUUUGGUGUUCUGCUUUGUUUGAAAUUGAGCUAGAUGAUAUUGAAGAGAUGUGGAAAAAGUUUUGGACGAAAGAAGCUUUUAGGAAAAUUUUUAUGAGCAAAAGUUUAUGAAUAACAUUACUUUAGGUGUCCUUUUGUCGAAAAAAUUGAUUUUUGGAGGGAAAUCAAAGUUUUAUCGAAUUAAUUUUGAUUGAAAAAUACUCUUUAUGGUCUAAUCUAAGUUUGGCUUGUAUUGUUUGGUUAGUUUUUAGGAUUGAAUUAUAAAAUUUUGCGAAAAACAUUGUUUUAGGUGCCUUUUUGUUGAAAAAACAAAUUUUUUGGAAAAAAUCUUGAAUUUUGCGAUCUACUUUUGAUUGCUCCUUAUUUCUUAUGCUCUAAAUUUUUUUUAUUUCAAAAUUUUCAGCUACUUUGUCUACCCGUUCGACGUGCCGGACAUAAAAUCCGCGGAAACGCAGGCCUAUGACCGCCUCAACGGAGAAUUCAUCAUGGCCUGUAAUGGAUGGGUAAUGAACGCCGAUCCCCUCAAGAAUUUCGCAGAACCCCAUUCACAGGUCUACCUGCGCAGAGAGCUGGUCGCCUGGGGCGAUUCGAUCAAACUGAAUUAUGGAUACAAACCCUCGGACUGCCCAUAUCUCUGGGAUUACAUGCUCCAGUAUACGGAAAGUUGUGUCAAAAUUUUCCAUGGAGUGAGAAUCGACAAUUGUCAUAGCACACCGAUACAUGUGGCGGAGGUAAGCGGGGAUAUUUUUGGCGGAUUUUUAAUUUUUUGAUUUUUUUGGUGAUUUUUGAGAGAAAAUUAAAUUUUUUGAAAAAAUGAUAGGGUUUUUUGAUGUUUAUAGAGGAAUAUAGGGUAGUAGAUGAUGUGGGGUUACUUUGUUUUUUAUAAAUGAGAAAUUGUAACCAACGGUUUUUGAGAUUUUUUAAAUUUUGACUGAAAUUUUGGGGUUCUUGAUGAAAAAUUUUUAUUUUUAGGGAAAUUAGUGUAGAUUUUAAUGUUGGAAAAGGGUUUAUAGAGUGUCAAUAAGAACCUUGUUUUAGUAUCUACUGUAAAACCCCCGAGGAAAGCAAAAAAUUUGAAGGAAUUUUGAGAUUUUUUGAAUUUUCAUCAAAAUUUUUAUGUUUUGGUUUAAAAAAUUGAUUUUUUUGGAAAUUUAAUAAAUAUUUUGAUGUUUUGCUUUGAUGAUGAAGAUGUAGCGGACAUGUUUUUUGUAGUACCUCCUCGAAAAAGCCCGAAUCAUCCGCCCCGGACUCUACGUUAUGGCCGAACUCUUCACCGGCUCCGAAGAUUUGGACAAUCUCUUUGUAAAUCGUCUCGGAAUCACUUCGUUGAUUAGAGGUACCCGUUAUAAAGAAUUGAUUAUAAUGACGAGGGAACUGGGACGAUUGGGGAAACCGAAAAGUAUUAUUUUUCUUCGAUGCAAGUGUCGAAAUUAAUUGAGGGUGCUGAUUUCGAAAAUGACAUUCGUUUUUGAUCUUUACUUUUUUCCUUAAGUAGUACUGUAAAGUAGUAAUUUUUUGAAUUUUUUUCAUAAAUACUCGAUUUGAGGGGUUUCGAUGGUGCUGAUUUCGAAAAUCUUAUUCAUUUUUUUGAUCUGAAAGCAGCACCAUCGAAAACCCCAAAUCGAGUAUUCAGGAAAAAAAUCAAAAAAUUACUACUUUACAGUACUACUCAAGGAAAAAAGUAAAGAUCAAAAAGAAAAUGAAUGUUAUUUUCGAAAUCAGCACCCUCGAUUAUCCUAAUUUCGACACUUGCAUCGAAGAAAAAUAAUACUUUUCUGUUUCCCCAAUCGUCUUUUUCCCUAAUCGUCCCAGUUCCCUUAUUAUACAGUGAAUGAUCUGAUCCAGUGGCAAAAAGCAUACCAUUUUGCAUCCGGGAAGUAUCAAAAAUGUGGCAAAAUCCUUCCCUCUCCAAGUGAAAAAAACUCCGAUUUCAAAAGCGUGCCCUUCAAAACGAAGUUUUUUCACGUGGAGAGGGAAGCUUUUUGCCACAUUUUUGAUGCUUCCUGGGUGCAAAACGGAACGUUUUUUACUACUGCAUCAGGUCUGUAAUUUAACCACUGUAAUUUAUAUGAGCUUAUGUAACCGUUUUUGCUCGAUUCAGAAGCUCAAAACGCCCCCGACAGCCAUGAACAAGGCCGAUUUGUCCAUCGUUUUGGCGGCGAUCCAGUAGGCGCAUUCCGAACCAAAACCGUGAAACCGGCCCCGUUCUCGGUUGCACAUGCCCUGUUCUACGACCAAACUCAUGACAAUCCGGCAGCAGCGGAGAAGCGAACCAUUUAUGACUACCUUCCGACGGCCGCUAUGAUCAGCAUGGCUUACUGUGCGGCGGCUUCUACUCGAGGAUACGAUGAGUUCAUCCCAUUUCAUGUGAGUUUGGAGGGAAGAUGGGAGAUUGUAGAGCAUUUUGAAGGAAUUGAGGAAGGCUUGAUGGGUUAGACGAGGUUUAGAGAGCUUCUGAAUAUUGUUGAGGUAAUAGUUGAUGGUUGAGGUAAAAAAAGAAUGAGUUUAUCAAAUUUAUUGUGGGAUUUUUUGGUGUUAGAAGAUGUCUAAUGGUAGCAUAAAGAAUUUCAGAAUGGUCAGAGAGCUGAGAAGAGAUUUAUGGGAUCUCCGAAUAUUGUAGUAGGGAGAUGUGAUGGUCAAGCUAAAAUGAGGUUGAUUGAUGAUAAUUUCUUAAUUUUUUGAUUGGUUUGGGCAAUGUAUAUUGAAACUGAAAGCAUGAUAUUUCAUUUAAACUUUGGAAAAGUUACUUUUUUCUUUUGAUUUUUCGCAAAAUUCUAUUUUCAAAACUUGUCCCAUCAGAUUUGGUAGAGCGAUAUAUUUUUCACUGAUUGGCUAGGAAAUUAGUAGAAUCUUGGUGGUUUUUUGUUUUUAGCUGAUAGUAUAAGACUUAUAUUACCUAUUAGUUUGCAUUAUAUCAAUAUUUUCAUUCGAGUAGAUAAUUAAUUUUUGUAUUUUAGAUCCAUGUGGUCACCGAGAAACGCCCCUACAGAAAAUGGUCCGAAAUUCAGGCCAAUCCAAGUCUAAAGGGAUUAAUUGAAGCCCGCAAGAAGCUAAACGAACUCCACGUUGAGCUCUGUGCCUUGGGCUACUCGGAAGUUUUUGUGGACCAGUAUAAUGUUGAUGUAGUAGCCAUCACAAGACACAACCCAGUGACCCGAGAAUCGGUCCUCCUCAUCGCCCAUUGUUGUUUUGGACCCUUCAAAUGGAUCCCUGAUGGCGCUGAUCACAAAGGAAUCCCGGUGGCUGGUAGGUUUUAUGAAAUUUUUGAGAUUUUUGUCAUGUGUAAGGUAAUUUUUGGAAAUUUUUUUGAUUUUCUUGAUUUUUAGAUGAUAUCACCGAAAUUUUGUUUGAAUUGAAGACUGUGGAGGAUGGAGGGAAGACGAAAGAAGCUCCGGAUGCAGAGAAAGUUCUCAGUGGAGUUCAGAAUAUCAAGGUGGAGGUGUAUGAACACGUCCCGAUUGAUAAAAGUCUGGCCGUACAGGUUGAAAAUGGGGUGAUUAAAUUCCGAAACUUUCCCUCUGGAAGUGUAGUGGCAUUUAAGUGAGUUUUGAAAGGGAUUUGAGGUCUUUUUAUAUCUUUUUGGGGAUUUUUUGACUAAAAUAUGUUGUUUUAGCCUAUAAAAAUGAUAUUUUUAGGAUUGUCCCCAAGCCGAAGACUCUGGAAAACUGCAAAGACAUCGAUAAUCUUGCUACAAGCCACGAACUUGUCGAUGAACUUCAAAACGCCCUCCUCGAACUUGAUCUUCAGCAACUAAAUUACAUUUUGUUCUUUUGCGAACCAGAGGAGGGAACUCAGUUUGGAACGGGCGCCUAUGACAUCCCAGCCUACGGAAAACUGGUUUACUGUGGACUGAAAGGCGUGGAAGCACUAUUGAGAAAAGUACAGGCCCACAACGACCUUGGCCACCCGCUCUGUGGCAACCUGAGAGCCGGAACAUGGCUCCCAAAUUACUAUGUUAAUCGAUUGAAGAGAACUGAGAAGCUCAAAAAAGUCGCUGAAAUUUUUGAAAGAGCCUUCAAACCCUUGGAUGAAAUACCCCACUUCUUGAGACCAUGCUAUUUUGAAGAGAUUUUCACGGUUCUUUAUCAAGCUGUGGAAACGACUGUCUUGAACAAGAUUGGGUGAGAAAACGGGAUUUUUUGGGGAAUUUAGGAGAUUUGGGGAUAAAAGAGAAGCUUUGGGGUCCUGGGGAGCUGUUAUGGAAGGCUGGAAAUUUUUUUUUGACUUCUAAAAUACGAAUUUUUUGUAAAAAAUUUUUUUUGGAAUUUUUUGAAAAAAAUUUGGUUUUUUGAGGAAAGGAAGUUCUUUUAGGGCUUGUAAAAAAUUUUGGAGAGUAUUUAGGUCCUUUUUAGACAGAAAAUUAUGAUUUUUUCGAAAAAUUGAAAAAAAAAUUUUUUUGGAAUUUUUUGAAAAAAAAUUUUUUUUUGAGGAAAUGAAGUUCUUUUAGGGCUUGUCAGAAGGGUUACAGAGUAUUUAGACCCUUUUUAGGCAAAAAAGAUUACGAUUUUUUAGAAAAAUUAUAGAAAUUGUUUUUAAUUUUGCACAGUGCAAAUUUUUGGAAUUUUUUUUUUUUUUUUAUUUUCCCCAUUUCAGAUACAAAUCCAAACUCCCAAUCAACUCCACAAUCGUCGAACAGCUCUCUCUGGCCUCGAUUUCAUUGAUUGCCGCCAUCAAAGACGCGAAACUUCCGCCUCUGGCGGACGGCGAAUCUUCCACAUCAGACCCACCCUCCCUCUCAGCCGGAUUACCCCAUUUCUCGACCGGAAUCUGGAGAAAUUGGGGCCGCGACACCUUCAUCGCCCUCCCCGGACUUCUCCUCAGCUUGGGAAGAUUCGUCGAGGCAAGACAGCUGAUCCUCGCGUACGCCGGCACACUCCGUCACGGACUGAUUCCGAACCUUCUGGCUGAAGGAAAAGCGGCCAGAUAUAAUUGCCGGGACGCGGUAUGGUUCUGGCUGGCCGCCAUUGUCAAGUAUGUGCUGAACUCGGACGAAGGAGCGCAUUUCUUCGAGGCGAAAGUGCUCAGGUUGUACCCCGAGGAUGAUAGUGAAUACUCAACGGAUAAGGUGGGAUUUUUGGAGGGGUUUUUGGGGGGAUUUUAGAGGUGGAAGAGACUUGUAAGGGCUUACAAAUCCAGUCUAAUGGGAUUUGUAAGAGUUUGGAGUUAUUUUGAAAAUUUUUUGACCGAUUUUUUUGGGGAAUUUUGAUGUUUUUUCAGAUUUUUUUGGAUUUUUUUUUUCAAUUUUUUGGAUCUUUUUUAUUUUUUUGGGGAUUUUUGGGUUUCUAAAUGUUAUAAAUGGAGUCUAAUGAAAUUCUAGAGUGUUUGAAGACAUUUUGAGAUUUGGCCGACUAUUUUUUUUGGAGGCAUUUUGAAGUUUUUUUGAGGAUUUUUUGAAAUUUUUUUCAUUUUUUAUUUGUUUUUUUUUCCGAAUUUUUUCUUCUAAAUUAAUUUCUAGACCCAUAAAGACCUCAUUAUUUAGCCUUUACAGCGUUUUGGAUCUGAAAAAAUAGAAUUUCAGAAAAAAAUUUUUAGCUGAUCCCUAGUACAAUAUAAUUUUGCCCGUUUCUCCCAAAUUUCCUCAAAUUACCCUUUCAAUUUCAGAUCGAGACCCUCUAUGACACCAUCACCACCGCUCUGAACCGCCACUUUGACGGCAUUUCGUUCAGAGAACGGAACGCCGGCCAUCAAAUUGACGAACACAUGAAAGACGAAGGCUUCAAUAUCGAAGCCAGAAUUGACCGAGAAACUGGCUUUGUAACCGGCGGAAAUCAGUUCAAUUGCGGCACAUGGAUGGACAAAAUGGGAUCCUCGGACAGAGCUAAUAAUAGAGGACUUCCAGCGACCCCCAGAGACGGCGCGGCCGUCGAAUUACAGGGACUGGCCUUGUAUGUAGCGGAAAAUUUGGCAAAACUCAAUGAAGAAGGGAAAUUUGGAAGUAAUGGUGAGGAUUUUUGAGGGUUUUGGGAAGAGUAGAGUAUUGGGAAGAAGUGAAGAGAGUUUUGGAGGGUUGCGAGGAGAUUAGGAGGGGAUUUUAUAUUGAUUUAGGUCAUCAGGUGAUGAAAUUUUGGAAAAUUGAAUUUUUUUUUUGUUUUUUGGUAAUUUUGGUGGAUUGGCGUGUAGGGAAUAAAAGAUCAUGAGUUUGAGAAGAUUUUUGGGUCCUGUUGACUGGGUAAAAUAUUGAUUUAGACCGGUUUCGGAGCUGAAAUUUGGAAAAAAAUGGAUUUGAUGAAAUUUUUUUUUGGUUUGAUGGUUGAAUAAGGUGGAUAAUGAGAGAAUGUGGCCUUAAAAAUUAUUUUUAUGCUAUGGGGAGUGAAUUGGAUAUUGUUUUAGACCGGGGUUUGACCAAAAAGUUAGAAAUUUUUUCAAAUUUAAGACAUUUUUUACCUAAAUUUUGAUGAAAAAGACGAUAAAUUGGAAAUUGUCUGGUGGAAAAGUCUUGAAAAUGAUGGUAAAAUACGGGAAAGGCCUAAACAUGUUUUUGUUUUCGAAAAAAAUACUAUUUUUUUAUCAAUUUUUUAGGCCUGAAAUCCUCAUCCGGCGAAGAAUUGAGGUUCCGCGAAUGGGCCCAAAAACUCCGCCAAAACUUUGUGGACAAGUUUUACAUCCCGGAAGACUCGAAUGAGGAAUUUGUGAAUCGAAAAACCAUCAUAAAAGACAGUUUCGGAUCGACCGCCCGGUACACCGACUUCCAAUUGAGACCCAAUUUUUGUGUCGCCCUGAAGCUGGUCCCAGACAUCAUUGAUCCCAAAUUGGCCUGGAAAGCACUGGAACAGGCCUCGGCGCAUUUGCGCGGACCCUUGGGCAUCAAAACACUCGACGAAAGCGACUGGAAUUAUAACGGAAAUUAUGACAACGACAACGAUGGAUACGAACAGAAGAUCGCCAAAGGAUGGAAUUAUCAUCAGGGACCGGUAAGCGCGGGGAAAGUUUGGGGAGAGGGCUUGGGUUAGGGGUAGGGAAGAUUUUACGGGGUUUUUUGGGGAAUUUUGGAUUUUUUGUUAAAUUUUGGUACAAUUGAGGUCUAAAAUUUGUGAAAUUUUGAUGUAAAAUUGGUUAUUGAGAGCUGGGAAAUAGAAGGAUUGGCUUUUUGAGGGGGUGGAAUAAAAAGUAUGGCAAGGGGGGACCAAUUUUUUAUAUUGUACUACACUGAUUUUUAAUGGGUCGAGACGAGUCGAAUAGCUGUCUGAAGAAGUCAAAAGGCAUUUUUAACCCUAUACCAAUUUUUUUCUGGAAAAUUAUGACAAAAGGAGAAUAAAUUUUGGUGAAAUUUAAAAAAAUUUUUUUUAUAAUUUUUUGAUGGCAUUGAGGUCUAAAAUUUUUUGAAUUUUGAUAUCAAAUUGAUUUUUGAGGGCUGUGGAUUAGAAGGAUUGGCUUUUUGAAGGAAUUGAGCAUGCGGUAUGGCAAGGGGGGACCAAUUUUUUAUAUUGUACUAGAACGAUUUUUAUUCUGUCGGGACGAGUCCAAUAGCUGAAUGAAGCCGUCAAAAGGCAUUUCUAGCCAUAUCAUAAUAUUUUGUAGGAAAUUAUGGCAAGGGGAGACCAAAAAAUUUAACUUUUUUAGAGGAAUUUUUAAGUUUAGAAAUUGGUCCCCCCUUGCCAUAGUUUUGGGAUUUUUUUAUUCUUUGCUUUAGUAGAUACUCCUAGUGGCCUCAGCAAAACUACUGAGAAAAAUCAGCCACCUACCCGUAUUUGCAAAAAAGUUACGCGCAUUUUUCCAGGAAUGGCUCUGGCUGGCCGCCGAAUAUUACAGCGCCCGGUUGGCGGUCGCAAAACUCCUCAAAACCGAGCAACCCGAAGCCUGGGAGAAGGCAGUAAAAGAAGUGAAAGAACAAGUCCAAAUCUACUCCGAUUUCAUCGCCAAUAAAUCGGCCUGGUCCUCUUUGCCGGAACUCACCAACAGAAACGGCGCCCACUGCCCGCACUCCUCGGAAAACCAGGCGUGGAGCGUCGGCUGCUUCAUUGAGACCCUGGAAAUCUUGAAUAACUCGUUGUAA